CAACAACAAUUGAUAUCAUAUUUUCGAUAUUUAAUCAAAAAUUCAAUUUAGAAGAAGCUGCUUCCCAACACAUCAUUCCAAAAUUUUUACGGCAUUUAGAUUUUAACAUUGAGUUAUUGCCAAAUGACAAAAAAUUGGGACAGCUAUUAAUGUUACUUGUUACGAAACACUCCAAAGAUUUUAUGGAAUAUUUGGAAGAAAUUAAAGUUAUCGCUGAAAAAAGCAAGUCUUUUAUUAAAAGAGGAGUUUUAAUGCAGAUUACAAAUUUGAUGAAGAAACAAGAUAAAAUCUAA